CCGAUUUGCCAAGCAGACGACGUAAAAAAUAAAAGAUUGUAAUGUACUUUCUCGUGGAUUUGCACCUUGUGGGUGACCAGUGACGCUCAAGUGUAUAAACAUGAAGAAAAUGGAUUUUUACCAUUAUGAACAAAGGAAAGAAAAAACUUACUUUAUACGACACAGAAUUUGAAAAAUACGAAAGUGCAACGUCAAUUACAGCUAAUAGGAGCCCUGUUGAUAUUGUUGGCAGUGUCCAGAGCUUAUACCGUGCCAAAGUUGUGAACGUGACGUGUAAACCAGAAAUGGGAGCAAGAACUAAGGAUGCGCACCUCUUUUUCAAACAGAAGGUCAAAGAAAAUAUAGGUUUCAGGAUGGAAUGGAGGUCAUCUGUUAAUAAAACAAAAGGGAUAUUUAACAUUAUAGAAUCUGAAGCUAAGGACAAGAUGUUCGGCUCGAGUAAUGUUAGAUGGCAAAGGAAGAGUUAUAAGUUUCUGCCAUCUUUUUUCAUUUCAGCACUGGGGAAUAGAAAUGUCCAAGCCACUGUUACGAAAAGCUCUAGUAAAAGUUUUGUGACGGUGUAUUUGGUACUUGAUCGAUGUGACCCGAUACCUGGAGUUUUCACUUGUGAAAACGCUGUGACACUGAAAGAUUCAAAAUCAAUUUCAAUAAAAGCUUCUUUCAUCUUUAAUGGCAAAACAUCUAGGUGUACGCCGAAGAAACCCAGCGGUGGUUCCUAUACGUAUGACAAACUGUCUGAAGAGUACAGCAAAUUUCUGGCGGAGAGUUUCAACAGAGAAGGCUUUGGAGUAGCAGAAAUAAAAAUCCAUGAAGCAAAGAAAAGUGAGAAGAGACGAGUCACAGUGAACUGUAGAAUAGAGAAGAAGUACGUUGACGACGUGACAGAAGUGCUGGGGAUCUUCAUCUUCUACCAGCCGCUGUGGAUGGUACCCCAGGCUCGCGUUCUCCUGGCAGGGCUGACAGAGACGCAAAUGUGGACAGAUCCCUAUAACAUCCGAAUGGUCCCCCAGUUGGCAAAGAUGCUGAAGGCGAAAGAUGCGAGUGGCAACUUGGGGCUAGGUAAAGAAGCAAACUUUACUGUAAACAUUCCUCUCGACGAAUGCGAUGCCCUUCCGGGAAACUUCCAGUGUGCAAUGGCGGCUAAAGUGGAAGGACAAGCAAAGCAUCCGGACCAUAAACAUUCAGAAAUAGAGACAGAAAUAAUUCGAGCUGUUUUCAAACUGCAAAGAUUAGCAGUAGCAAAACGUACGAAAAAAUGCAAUUUUAAACUAAAGGCUGAUGCAUCUGUGUCGAUGACUAAAAUGUCAUCGAACUGGGACUGGAGUGCGUUGAAAAGAGCUGACGGAAUUAGUAUAAGUCCAGCCGUCUACUGGAUGAUGGCUGCAGUUAUGUUAGUAAGGAUCACCUGUUAAAACGUGAAACAUAAUUUACUGAUUAAGUUGAAAGUGUCGUCAGCAAGUGAAGAAAGUUAUGCUUUAAUGAAACACUGAGAAAUUCC